AUGCAAUCCCUUCAGUCGCCCCGAGCAAGCGCUGGCCCUCGAUUGAAGCCUCCAUAUCCUCGCAAGGUCCGCGUCACACGCGCCAGGCUUUCCCUCGAGACCAGGGCGCAGCACUGUGGCACGCACUGGUCGCAGUUGCUUUUCCGGCUUGGCUCCGCUUCUCUGCUUUUCCGCUCCAUCUCAGGCACCAAGGAUUCAGCGCAGCACAUGCUAGCUGUCAUACGCAAAUUUGCGCCCAGCACCCUGGAACGCUAUCUUCGCAUUGCGCACCAAUUCCUCUGCUUCCUGGAAGCUUGCGACAUCGCUUUCAACCAGGUGUCCCUUGCUGCAUUGUUGGACUACCUCGCAUCUGCCCGAGCAUCGCGGAGCCAAGACCUCGAAAUACACCGCAUCAGUGCCACGUCCGCCAUCAAGGCCCUGCGCUGGUUCCAGAAGCUAUCACAAUGGGAACAACUCACCUCUGCAAUGCAGAGCCCUGUUAUCGCUGCUUACUGCUCGCAAAGCACCGCCAAAGAUCGAAAGGAAGCCGUACCCAUCCCCAUGGCUCUCAUUGCCGCCUGGGAACAGCGCGUCUGCGACUCCACCGCCCCGCUCUGCACCGUCCUUUGCUUGGGGGCGGCCCUGCUGGCCAUUCACGCCAGCCUUCGCUUCGGCGAUAUUCAACGCGUGGAUUUUUCCUCCCUGUCCCUCACCGCCGCUGCCCUGCAUGGCGUCUGCUUCGCUACCAAAACUACUUCCAGGGGCCAGCCCUUUGCGGUUACCAUCGCUGGCAUCACCGGCAGGGAUCCCUCUUCCUGCUGGCCUCUUCACUGGCUCUCCGCCAUGCACCGCGCCGCCUCCCCUUUUCGUGAGCAAGACGGCGACCCAGACUUUUUAUGGGUCAGCACAGCACCCGAGCUGCACAACUUGCUCGAGCUUGCCCCAGCCUCCUACUGCACCGCCAUGCUUGUGCUACGUUGGGCGGCAACCCUUCCCUGGCAUCCCAACUCUCUCGGCCUGACAUCCCAUGAAGCAUCCCAACUAACCUUGCACAGCAUGAAAAGCACCGUCCUUGCGGCUGCUGCACAGCUCCGCCUUAGCAAGGACAUCCGCCUCUCACAAGGUCACCACCGUGACAGCGCCGCUCUCUACAGUCGCAACGACACCUUCGACAGCUUGUAUGCACAGCGCCGUCUAUCUUUAGCGCUCAGCCGCGGCUGGCGCCCGCAACGCAGCAUUGCACGUGGAGGCCAGGCACCAGUGCCAGAACCUCCAUUCACACUGCCUUCCACAGAACCUCUUGCCGAGCUCCCGGCAGACGCACUCCUCCAAGGAACCUGGUCCUUUUUCGCCACGCGCCAUGAAAUCCUCCAGGCUACACUGCCGCUGGCCCCUUCAACCAAAGCAACGCGCGCGCCGCUGUCGCCGCCUGCAUCGCCUCGCUCCCCAUCGUUCGAGCCGGCUUCUCACAGCGACCCCUGCUCAGACGAGGAAGCACGCAUGGUUGAGAUCGCCGCGCUCCGCCGCCAAUCCAGUACGUCAUCGCAUGCCUCUACAUCCUCCCUCUCCUCCGACGUGCCCGAACCAGACGCAUCCCCGACGGACAAGCCCCUGUAUGCAUGCACUCGCCCUUGGGGAUGCUGGCACUGCCUCAAACCGCCCGACGACUCGGGCGUGCUCCGCACCGCGUGCGGCUUGGACCUAGGACUGGCGUCCUUCACCUCCGAAGAGCCGCCGCCUCCCCUCUGCCGGCACAUGGCAUGUGUCAUCAGACGCGUCUACGACAUGUCGUGCGCCAGCCCCGCUUUGUUUGUCUGCUCGCUUGGCGCUUAUGUUGCCGUCUCCAUGGCAGACGCUUCUGCCGGAGUGCCUGAUGCAUUGAUCACUGCACUGCAAUGUGCGGGCAUCGACACCGUGCCCGAUUUUGCCUUCGCUUACGCCACCACACAAGAGCUGGAUGUUUUCUGCUCGGACGAGCAUGCCGAACUUUGGGACAACAUGGGGGUGUCAGACCCUCAGCACAGCCCUGCAAUGGCCCGGCUUCGCCGCAAUGCAAUCAGCUGGGUCCCCUGGCAAUUGCGGCUCUCCGAAAAGCAAUACCAAGAGAUUAUCGAGAGCCGCGCGACAAAAACGCUCCGCACCGAAGCAGCCUUUCUCAGCACCGCGCUUUUCGACGACACCCCCGAAAUGCCAGUUGAUCACCUGCGUCUCAGCCCUGCAUGGCUAGGACGCAUUCAAACCGUCUUCCGCAAUGCAAUUGCACUGUGCAAGGGAGCUCAUUUGCAGCGCCUUAAGGCCUAUGAUAAACAAAUCCUGGACCUUGCAACCCAAGCACCGUCCGACGCAUCGCUCCGCACAGUGUCCACAAGCGAACUGGUGUCCGCUGACCGCAAGCUCUGGAAAGAAAUUUCCACCCUCUGCGCCUCCGGGUGGACACUGGACGACGCCUUGCACGAACUUACCACAGUCCGUUCGGACGUCGGGAACCUGCUGCAGCUCCGCGCCAGACCCCCACCACCGCCACUGCGACCGCCACGCGACCCUAACGCACCGCUGCGCGGCAAAGGUAAGACAGGCAAAGGCAAGACAGGCAAAGGCAACGCACCGCCGCUUAAGCGCAAGACCCCUGGAACGCCAGCACCGCCCGACAACGCACCGCUUGACCUUGUCAA